GCCUCCAGCAGCCCCUGCUCACUCCGCCCUGUUCUCUCCCUCUGUCCCUCCGACCCACUGCCCUCGGCCCCGGCUGCCCCUGCACCAUGGGGCCUGCCCCAGGAAUCAGCCUGCUGCUGCUGAUGACCAGCAUCCCCCUGGCCCUGGGGAAUCCCAUGUACUCCAUGAUCACCCCCAACAUCCUGCGCCUGGAGAACGAGGAGGUGGUGCUGCUCGAGGCCCAUGAUGUGCAACAGGACAUUCGCGUCACCGUCACCAUCUACGACUUCCCCGCCAAGAGGCAAGUGCUGGCCAGCGAGAGCACCGACCUGACCGGCGCCAACGGGCACCUCGGCACCGUCACCAUCAAGAUCCCGGCCAGCAAGGAGUUAAGAUCCGAGAAGGGGCACAAGUUCGUGACCGUGCAGGCGGCCUUCGGGAACACCCAGGUGGAGAAGGUGGUGCUGGUCAGCCUCCAGAGCGGGUACCUCUUCAUCCAGACGGACAAAACCAUCUACACCCCAGGCUCCACCGUCCUCUACCGGCUCUUCACCGUGGACGACAAGCUGCUGCCUGUGGGCCGGACCGUUAUCGUCAGCAUUGAGACCCCCGAGGGCAUUCCCAUCAAGAGGGACUCCCUGUCUUCUCAAAACCAGUUUGGCAUCUUGCCUUUGUCUUGGAACAUCCCAGAGCUGGUUAACUUGGGGCAAUGGAAGAUUCAAGCCCACUACGAAGAUUCUCCCCAGAAGGUAUUCUCCGCGGAGUUUGAGGUGAAGGAAUAUGUGCUGCCCAGCUUCGAGGUCCAAGUGGAGCCCUCAGAGAAAUUCUACUACAUCGAUGACCCAAAGGGCCUGGAGGUCACCAUCAUAGCCAGGUUCUUAUACGGAAAGAAUGUGGACGGAACAGCCUUUGUCAUCUUUGGGGUCCAGGACGGCGAUCAGAAGAUCUCACUGGCCCAGUCCCUCACCCGCGUUGUGAUCGAGGACGGCACUGGGGAGGCCACGCUGAGCAGGGAGGUCCUGCUGGGAGGGGUGCAGCCCUCCCGCGCCGAUGCCCUGGUGGGGAAAUCCUUGUACGUGUCUGUCACCGUCAUCCUGCACUCAGGUAGCGACAUGGUGGAGGCAGAGCGCAGCGGGAUCCCCAUCGUGACCUCCCCCUACCAGAUCCACUUCACCAAGACGCCCAAGUUCUUCAAACCUGCCAUGCCCUUCGACCUCAUGGUAUUUGUGACGAACCCCGACGGCUCCCCGGCCCACCGUGUCCCCGUGGUGACUCAGGGCUCCAACGUGCAGUCCUUAACCCAGAAUGACGGUGUGGCCAAGCUGAGCAUCAACACCCCCAACAGCCGGCAGCCCCUGAGCAUCACCGUACGCACAAACAAGGAGGGCAUCCCUGAGGCGCGACAGGCCGCCAAGACCAUGCAGGCUCAGCCCUACAACACGCUGAGCAACUCCAACAACUACCUGCACCUCUCCGUGCCUCGCGUGGAGCUCAAGCCCGGGGAGACCCUCAACAUCAACUUCCACCUGCGCUCGGACGCCGGCCAGGACGCUAAGAUCCGCUACUACACCUACCUGAUCAUGAACAAAGGCAAGGUGCUGAAGGUGGGGCGGCAGGUGCGGGAGCCCGGCCAGGACCUGGUGGUGCUGCCCUUGACCGUCACCACGGACUUCAUUCCUUCCUUCCGCGUGGUGGCUUAUUACACGCUCGUGGGCGCCAGCGGCAAGCGGGAGGUGGUGGCCGACUCCGUGUGGGUGGACGUCAAGGACUCGUGCAUGGGCACGCUGGUGGUGAAAAGCGGUGGAAAGGAAGACAAACAGCACCUCCCGGGGCAGCAGAUGACCCUCAAGAUCGAGGGUAACAAGGGGGCCCGCGUGGGGCUGGUGGCGGUGGACAAGGGCGUUUUCGUGCUCAAUAAGAAGAACCGGCUGACUCAGAGUAAGAUCUGGGACAUCGUGGAGAAGGCCGACAUUGGCUGCACGCCGGGCAGUGGACAGGACUAUGCCGGCGUCUUCACGGAUGCAGGGCUGGCCCUCAAGACCAACACCGACCUCCAGACUGCCCAGCGGUCAGACCUGGGGUGCCCGAAGCCCCCCACCCGCCGCCGUCGCUCUGUGCAGCUCAUGGAGAAGCGGAUGGACAAAGCCGGGCAGUACCAGAAGGAGCUCCGCAAGUGCUGCGAGGACGGCAUGCGGGACAACCCCAUGAAGUUCUCCUGCCAGAGAAGGGCCCGCUUCAUCCUCCAGGACCAGCCGUGCGUGAAGGCCUUCCUGGACUGCUGCGACUACAUCGUCCGCCUGCGCCAGGAGCGCAGCCGCGACGUGCCCCUGGGGCUGGCCCGCAGUGACCUGGAUGAGGAAAUCAUCCCGGAAGAAGACAUCAUUUCCCGAAGCCAGUUCCCCGAGAGCUGGCUGUGGACCAUCGAGGAAUUCAAAGAGCCAGAGAAAAAUGGAAUCUCCACGAAGAUCAUGAACGUGUUUUUGAAAGACUCCAUCACCACUUGGGAGAUUCUGGCUGUGAGCUUGUCAGACAAGAAAGGGAUCUGUGUGGCCGACCCCUAUGAGGUCACAGUGAUGCAAGACUUCUUCAUUGACCUGCGGCUGCCCUACUCCGUCGUGCGCAAUGAGCAAGUGGAGAUUCGGGCCGUCCUGUACAAUUACCGGGAGAUGGAGGAGCUCAAGGUGAGGGUGGAGUUGCUCUACAAUCCAGCCUUCUGCAGCCUGGCCACUGCCAAGAGGCGCCACCAGCAGACCCUGGUCAUCCCGCCCAAAUCCUCGGUGGCCGUGCCUUAUGUCAUUGUGCCGCUGAAGAUCGGCCUCCAGGAGGUGGAGGUCAAGGCGGCCGUCUACAACCACUUCAUCAGCGAUGGUGUCAAGAAGACCCUGAAGGUCGUGCCGGAAGGAAUCAGAGUCAACAAGACUGUGGCCAUUCGCACACUGGACCCGGAACGCCUAGGCCAAAACGGAGUGCAGCGCGAGGAGGUCCACGCCGCAGACGUCAGCGACCAGGUUCCGGGCACGGAGUCAGAGACCAAGAUCCUUCUGCAGGGGACCCCGGUGGCCCAGCUGGCGGAGGACGCCAUCGACGGCGAGCGGCUGAAGCAUCUCAUCGUGACGCCGUCGGGCUGCGGCGAGCAGAACAUGAUCGGCAUGACGCCCACCGUCAUCGCCGUGCACUACCUGGACCACACCGAGCAGUGGGAGAAGUUCGGCCUGGAGAAGCGCCAGGAGGCCCUGGAGCUCAUCAAGAAGGGGUACACCCAGCAGCUGGCAUUCAGACAGCCCAACUCGGCCUUCGCGGCCUUCCAGAACCGGCCGUCCAGCACGUGGCUGACAGCCUACGUGGUCAAGGUCUUCUCUCUGGCAGCCAACCUCAUCGCCAUCGACUCCCAAGUUCUCUGCGGGGCUGUCAAAUGGCUGAUCCUGGAGAAGCAGAAGCCGGAUGGAGUCUUCCAGGAGGAUGGGCCCGUGAUACACCAAGAGAUGAUUGGUGGCUUCCGGAAUGCCGAGGAGAAAGACAUGUCCCUCACAGCCUUCGUUCUCAUCGCGCUACAAGAGGCUAAAGAUAUUUGCGAGGGACAAGUCAAUAGCCUGCCAGGCAGCAUCAAUAAGGCAAGAGACUUCCUUGAAGCCCACUACAGGAACCUGCGGAGGCCAUAUUCUGUGGCCAUUGCUGGCUAUGCCCUGGCCCUGUUGGACAGGCUGGAGGGCCCCCUCCUUGACAAAUUCCUGAGCACAGCCACAGACAGGAACCGCUGGGAGGAGCCUGGUCAGAAGCUCUACAACGUGGAGGCCACAUCCUACGCCCUCCUGGCCCUGCUGGUGCUCAAAGACUUUGACUUUGUGCCCCCCGUCGCGCGCUGGCUCAACGAACAGAGAUACUACGGGGGUGGCUACGGCUCCACCCAGGCCACCUUCAUGGUGUUCCAAGCCUUGGCCCAAUACCAGAGGGACGUCCCUGAUCACAAGGACCUGAACCUGGAUGUGUCCAUCCACUUGCCCAGCCGCAGCUCUCCGGUCACACACCGCAUCCACUGGGAAUCCGCUAGCCUCCUGCGGUCAGAGGAGACCAAGGAAAAUGAAGAUUUCACCUUAACAGCUAAAGGAAAGGGACAAGGCACUUUGUCGGUGGUGACGGUGUACCACGCCAAGAUCAAAGGCAAAACCACCUGCAAGAAGUUUGACCUCAGGGUUUCCAUACGCCGAGCCCCUGAAACAGUCAAGAAGCCUCAGGAUGCCAAGAGCACCAUGAUCCUUGACAUCUGCACCAGGUACCUGGGAAACCAGGAUGCCACUAUGUCCAUUCUGGACAUAUCCAUGAUGACUGGCUUUGCUCCUGACACUGGUGACCUCGAGCUGCUGAGCAGUGGUGUGGACAGAUACAUCUCUAAGUAUGAGCUGAACAAGGCCUUUUCCAACAAAAACACCCUCAUCAUCUACCUGGACAAGAUCUCGCACAACCUAGAGGACUGUUUGUCCUUCAAAAUUCACCAGUUCUUUAAUGUGGGGCUCAUCCAGCCUGGGGCCGUCAAGGUGUACUCCUAUUACAACCUGGAUGAGUCUUGCACUCGCUUCUACCACCUGGACAAGGAGGAUGGAUUGCUGAGCAAGCUCUGCCACAAUGACAUGUGCCGCUGUGCUGAGGAGAACUGCUUCAUGCAUCAGGUAGAUGAAAAGGUCACCCUGGACGAGCGGUUGGACAAGGCCUGCGAGCCCGGAGUGGACUACGUGUACAAGACCAGGCUGCGGUCGAAGGAGCUGUCGGACGACUUUGACGACUACAUCAUGGUCAUUGAGCAGAUCAUCAAAUCCGGCUCCGACGAGGUGCAGGUGGGACAGGAGCGCAGGUUCAUCAGCCACAUCAAGUGCAGAGAGGCCCUGAAGCUCCAGGAGGGGGCGCACUACCUCAUGUGGGGCGUGUCCUCCGACCUGUGGGGGGAGAAACCCAAUAUCAGCUACAUCAUCGGGAAGGACACCUGGGUGGAGCAGUGGCCAGAGGCCGACGAAUGCCAGGACGAGGAGAACCAGAAGCAGUGCCAGGACCUGGCCAACUUCACCGAGAACAUGGUGGUCUUUGGCUGCCCCAACUGACCCCUACGGUCCCCCCAAUAAAGCUUCAGUGGUAUUGCA